GGACUUCCGGAGGAUGAGAAACCAGUGAGAAUACUGAGGGAUACUGGUGGUUCCCAAUCAUUUAUCCUUUCCAACCUACUGCCAUUCAACACCAACACAUCCUGCAAUGCAAGCACAAUAAUACAAGGAAUUGGGAUGGCCUAUGUGUUGGCACCAUUACAUCAUGUGCACCUAAAGUCAAAGCUGGCUUCUGGUUUCUGCAAGGUUGCGGUGAGAAACUCAUUUCCUGUUCAGGGGGUUGAAUUUAUAA